AUGUAAAAUUCUCCCAAAGAAAAUCCUCUUAUUGAUACAGGAAGCAUUGUUUAGGAAAUUUAUAGGGAGGAAUAUAUUCCAGUUUAAUAGAUUUAAAGAAGAGAGGAGGAUGCAGUAUUUAUUGAUGAAAACCCUUAAAAUGUUUUGGAGAAACUCAUGAAGCUCAAGGAUUGCCAUUACAAAGAGAGACUGGCUUUUACCAAAAGAUUAGGCGAACUAUUGGCAUGGAUAGGAGAUUCUUCAAUUGAGAAUUUAAAUACAAUCAUUCAGUAGAUAUUAGAAGAUGCUGAUGAAAUUAAGAAAAAUUUUAUAGCCCAAUUAGAGUAAAUCUGUGUACUUUUGAAAACUAAAUAAAAUAGUUAAGAGCUCAUCAAACAACAUGUUGUGAAGGCUCUGCAGGAAUUAUUAAAAUCUAAUAAUUUUGAUAUCAAAGAAUAAGCCGGAAACUCUAUAAGUAUAGUAGCAAAAGAAUUGAAUGAAAGAGACCGAGGAAAUCUCAUCCUAACCUAAGUGAUUCAGAUGGCUCAUGAUGACAAUAAUGACGAGAAUGUGAUGAUUGCCGUUAAACUAUUUGGUUAACUGGCUGGGGAUUUUGGACCAGAAUUAUCGGAAUCCUUCAUAGCAUUGGAAAUCUUAUCCAAAGGAGAUGAUGCCAAGUAACCAAUACGCAAAGAGGCCGUUCUUCAAUUAGCCAACAUUGCUAAAGUUCUCUCUAAGGAUUUUAUCAAGCAUAGACUCAUCCCAUUUUUUUCAAAAAAAACCGAGGAGAGAACAUGGUAAACAAGAAAGGCCUGUCUUGAUAUCAUAGUUAAAUUAGCUGAAUAGACAGACACAGAAAAUUUUGAUUUGAUCACUGGAAGAUUACUUGCUUUAUUAGAUGAUCAAAACAAAUGGGUCAAAUAACAUGCAUAUAAAUAAUUAGGCAAAUACAUAUCAAUUAUCACAAGAUAAGAAAAUAUAAAUGAUAAGCUAUUAGAAUUCUAUAUGAAAAUGAACGAUUCUGAUAUUAGAGAACUGGGAAUUGAUAACGAGAUUGUUAUUGAAUGCGCAUUAUAUUUCCCAGCCGUUCUCUAAGUCUACACUGACAAAAAGUGGCCUCAACUUAGCAAAUUAUUUAUGAAAUUGAUUAAUCACAAGGAUAAGGUAUAAAUAUAUAAUAUUGCUUUGAGAGUCAAAAAGCCUUUGGCUUGUAGUAUUCAUGUUUUAGCAAAAUUGUUGGGACCCUAGCUGGCUUACUCAGAAUUGCUUAAAGUCUUAGAGUAAUUGCUUUAGGAUCCAAAUGAUGAAAUCAAGCAUGGUGCAGUCGAGAACCUAGGCUUAUUUUUUGAUGCUAUCGAAGAAUCUAAAAGAGCAUCUCUUAUUGAUAUCUUAUUGAUUAUUUAGAAGGACUAAAAGAAAUGGAGAAUUAGAGAACUAAUCGCAAAAUAAAUUUCUCACCUUGCUUAAGUCUUUGAUGUAGAAACUGUAUUUUCUAUUAUACUACCAGUUUCAACUAAAUUGUGCAAUGAUAAUGUGUUUGCUGUUAGAAAAGCUGCUGCAAAACAAAUCUUUGAACUCUAUGAUAAAUUUUAGAAAAGUAAAAAUGAAUUGUAUUUCAAUGUUUUGAAGUAAAACAUUUUAGGCUUUGCAAACAGUGAUAUGUUCAAUUAAAGAUAAAGUUUUGUCAUUAUGUGUGAAAAACUAAUGAAAUUUGAACAAUUUCAAGUUGAUUUUCUUGAAGCUUUCAUUCAUUUGGGUUAGGAUCCUAUCAAAAAUGUUAGAAUUACAGUUGCCAAAGUACUUCAAAAACAUUUAUUUAAACCAAAAUAAGAAGCAAAUGAAGGAUUGUUUAGGGACUAAACUUCAAUUUAAACGCUUUGGAAUUUGUUAAUUAAAGAUAAAGUAGUUCUGAACUCUUUAGAUAAUAAGAAAUAUCCAAAUACAAUUUUGCAAAAGUCUCAAUAAGUCUAAUUGACAUAAAGCUAAAUUAAAGUUCAACAACCUGAAUAAUAGUAAUAAGAAUAAUAAUAGUAAUAAUAAUAAUAAUAAUAAUAAUAAUAAUAAUAAUAAUAAUAAUAAUAAGAAUAAUAAUAGUAAUAAUAAUAACAAGAAAUAGAAUAAUAAUAAUAAUAAUAAUAAGAAAUAGAAUAAUAAUAAGUAAUAUAAUAAUAAGAAUAAUAAUAAUAAUAAUAAUACUAAGAAUAGGAAUAGGAAUAAAUUUUAUCUAAUUAGGAAUAAUAAAGUUUAAAUACUUCAGUUCCUGAAGAAAAUCAAAAUAAAGAAAUAAUGAUUUUAGAAGAAUAAUUUGAAAAGAGCAAUCAUAUUGAUCAAAACAAUACCAAUGUUGAAAUUAAUUAAGAAGAACAAAUUACACAAACUAUUGAUAAUAACGAAAUUGAUAUUAAGUAACAUACUUAAGAAGAAACUUAAGAAGCUCAAAUUCAAAUGGAGUCAGAGAUUAAUGAGAAAUAAUAAGAAGAUUAAACUUAAGAAUUAUAAUAAUAAUAAAAUGAAGAAAAGGAAAUUUAAGAGGAUUUCUAAAAUAUUCAAAAGAAUGAUGAAAAAGAAAUAGAGUAAGAAUGA